AUGUGCAACGAUACGGCCCGAGCCUGUACUUUUGACUUUGCGCCGCCUCCGCGCCCUGUCAAGCCGAAAGUUGUCGAUGCGACUGAAGAGUCGAUAGGCUCGUCAGGGCGGGAUAUGGGCGAAAUGGCGGAGGAAGGGGGGACGGGCAGUCCGGAAUUGGGGAGGAGAGGGUCGGAGGUGUAUUCGCCGGCGCCGGCGCAGAAGCGGGCAAGAUGGAAUGCUGUUGCUUCUGGCUCGGGAUCUCAGCGGAAGGAAGAGGAAAGAGGGGAAGGGACCGGGAAGAGAGCUAUGAGCGGGCUCGAUAUCUUGACGUCGGCGGUGCCUUCCUUCGACCACCUGGCGAGCUCAAAGUACGACCCGCACGUAUUGACAGUCGUUCUGACGGAUGACCUCUUGCCUAUUGCUGAUCCCAAUGAUGAGGUGCCGGCGGGCCACGGGGAGCCACACGUCAAGCAGAUUUCGUCUGACCCAUCUCGACCAAUCUUUGUGAUCAUGAAUCCCAAGGCGGAUACUUCACAACAGCCUGUUCCUGGCGCUGUAGCUCUAGGCCUACUGCGAACGUUCCUCAGACAUCACCCUUCCGAGUAUACCGAAGCGCAUCUCCUCGGUCUGUACCACGAGCACGUCCAUCCCGCCCUGCCUAUCCUUCCAAACCUACCUACCGACUCUCUUUCCCCCGCACUGCUCGCUAUGGUUCUCACGACGAGCAUGUCCCAUUCAUUCGAUACGCGCAGUAUCGCCGCCCCGAGCUACGCUGUGCUAGAGGCGGGGAGCACGCCGUUACCAGAGAACAACCUUGCCGGGGUGGCUAGUGCGGUAUUGGAAUUGGGGGUACGACCCGUCAAUAGUAGUCGUUCUGCGUAUAUCUUGCUUGCCAAGACGGUAGCUCUGGCGCAGCUGCUUGGGAUGCAUCUGAACCCCCUCAAAUGGGCGAUACCUCUCUGGGAGCAAGAGCUAAGGAUACGCCUCUGGUGGGUAUUGGCGAUACAUGAUGCGUGGAUGAGCUUCCUCAACUCCCGGCCGGCUCUUAUCCAAGCCAACAACAACUCCGUCCCCCUCCCGACCUUCUCCUCCUUAUCCGAAGCGGGGUGUACAUACGGCUCCGCCUCGAGCGACUCCGCCAAAUCUUUCAUCGCGUCCUGUCGGCUCGGACUGCUCGUCCGGCGACUACAGAGCAACGUGUGCACACUCAAUGUGGUAGCGAGCAAGAGUAGCGCAGAGAGGCGGGACGAGGUAUUGGCUAUUGCGAAGAAGGCGGAUGGGCUGUAUGAUGAGUGGCGGGCGAUUGCAAGUGGGACGAGAGCAAGAGCUACUGGAGUCAACUCCUUCCUGAUCCACCUUCUUGGAUUCAGGUGUAUGCUUCGCCGGAUCCAUCUCGAGCUGGAAUAUGGUCUCGGCUCAACGUUCACCCCUGGCCCUGACGUACUCGCACCCUUUACAGACUGCGUCAACUUUGUUACCCGCCUGACCAGGGAAGAGUGUGAUGGGUACUAUCUAAAUUACGCCUCGCACAUCCUCUCAUCCGUCACUUCCUCACUCACCCGCCUGACCCUCGCCUCCGCCUCCACACCCAACCAGCCCGCAAUGGAUCUCCUCGCAUCCCUCGUUCGAGCCCUCCACCGCUUUCAGACGGAGUACAAGUGGGACAUCGCCGUCCCAGCUCUCCGGCGCGCGGCGGCGGUCGAAGCCAGACUGAAAAGUAUAGGGGAGCACGAGGCGGUCGUCACUGCUCUUCGAGGGGGUGAUAUCGCGACCCCCUUCGAUCUGGAUGCGGUCUUGCAGAAUAUGGUGGCGGGACCGGCGCCGGCGGUAGAGACGGAACCGCAGUUGGUAUGGGAUUGGAGUGGGCUGGAUUGGAAUUUCGGGGAUGUGAUCGGUGCGGAUCUGGGAAUGCCUUCUGGACCGAUCUAG